UGAAAUCUCUUCUCUCACCUCCCUGAUUGGUCUAUCCUCUGUCAAUUAUAGUGGCCUCAUGGAAAGUAAGCAAAGAGGAGAAGAGCCUAGCUUUUUUCGAUAUAGAUCUAUGGUAUGGAUAAUGAUAUAGAAAGGUGGUAGUUGGUGUUUCAUUCUGCGAGAAAGAGAAACAGAGGUAGUGUUGUCUUAGAAAGAGAAAUAGAGGUGAAGAAGCUGGUGGUGGAGUUGGAGGGGUCAAUUAAGAACUCUCCAUUGGGUCCAGUUGCACAUGGCUCCAAGAAGGCAGAAGAAGGUGGGGAUGAUGCGGAUAGAUGCUGCGAUUGAUGCACUGCUCCCUUAUGGUUUCUCCAAGGAAACAAUCUGCUCGACUGUCAAAAAACUUCUGAAGGUUUAUGAUGAUGCUGCUGCUUGGCACAUUAUCGAAGAAGAUACUUACAGGCUGGUCAUUGAGACCAUCCUGGAAGAGCAAGAAGAAAAGGCGAGAGAGGAGCAAAGAGCUAAUGAAGAAGCCAAGGCCUCAGAAGGUCCUAGCCGAGUUGCCGAGGCUAACUUACUUAUUUCUUCAUUAGACCUCGACUGCAGCAGGAAGCAGAGCGUGAGUGGCGAGGGCCAGUCGGCUUUGGCAGUCCGAGAGUGUGACCCACGGCAGUUGGAGUCAGGCUCAGGUUCUCAUCAAACUCCAAGACCAAGGAGGACUCCCUGUUACGGCUGGAUAAGCGAAGACGAAGACGAAGACGAACCACAGGAGAGGGCCGUCGAAGGUGAACGCCCGCAACGUGUAAGGAAGCGGCCCAGUGGAUGGGAUGUGAAGCCCUCUCACAUGUGAAUGUUGCCAGGAAAAUUAGAUAUGUGAUUCGACUGUAUGCACCAUUUCUCUGUAUACAGGAUUUCUUGGUGUCCUUUGGAUGUAAUGUGAUUCGACUGUA